UCCAAAGAAAAAGAUAAAUAUAAAUAAUAAAUUAGAAAAGACCAAACCAAUAUUGGUGUAGUGGAAACAUCCACUUUUUCUUCUCAUUCUAAUUCUUUUCUCUUCUCUUCACUCCAUUCCACUACAAAGCUUCUUCAUUUCUCAACACUUUCUUUCAUUUCUCAACACUUUCUUCUCAUCUCACAAUUCACAAUGACCGAACCAACUUCCAAACCUAAUGUUAACGGUGCAAUUAACGGUAACGGUAACGGUGCCGCCACAACUAACGGUAAUGGAAAUGGAAAUCCGGUUCCUGUUAAAGCUCAGCUUUACAAUCCAAACCGUCAAGUUUACCGUCCGCAAUCACAAUACAACCGUCGCCGUCGAUCUAACCGUAGCCUCUGCUGUUGCUGCUGUUUCUGGACAAUCCUCACCGUUCUCGCCGCCGCACUUCUCGUAGCGAUUGUCGGUGCUGCAGUCUAUGUACUGUAUCAUCCUCACCAACCGGAAUUCUCCAUCACGAACCUCCGCAUUGCGAAGAUGAAUCUCAAAACCUCGACAGAUUCACCUUCGCAUCUCACCACACUCUUCAACCUCACUCUCAUCGCUAAGAACCCUAACAACCACCUCGUUUUCUUCUACGAGCCUUUCACUGUUACUGCUUUCUCGGACUCAGUUCAAAUCGGGAACGGAUCGUUGCCAGCGUUUGACUCCGGGAAGAACAACCAGACGAGUUUGCGGUCGGUGCUAUCGGAUUCUCAAGAUCUGGAUACGGAUUCGUUGACUAGUUUGAGAUCGGGUUUGAAGAAGAAGAAAGGCUUCCCGGUGGUGAUUCAGAUGGAUACGAAGGUGAGGAUGAAGAUGGAGUGGUUGAAGAGUAAGAAGGUUGGGAUUAGAGUGACGUGUGAAGGAAUUAGAGGAACUGUUCCCGCCGGAAAAUCGCCGGCGGUGGCGUCGGUUAUCAACUCGGAAUGUAAGGUGGAUCUUCGAAUCAAGAUCUGGAAAUUCUCCGUUUAGUUUUGUGAGUGAUGUCAUUAUCAUUAUCAUCUUUGAUUAUUGUUAUUAUUGCGGAUUAUUUGUUAAUCAAUACUAAUAAUCAAUCCAAUCAUCAAAUUUCUUUUAUUUUUUUUUCUUCUUUUUUGGUUUCAUAAUUGCUUUUUAUGGAUUGAUUAUGGUUAUCAUGAAAAUGUGUUGAGAAGGUCAAAUUUGUAAGGAAAAAAAUUGAUUUGAGUUUUUUUCUUUUUUUUUUUUCCUUCGGAUUAUUGUAACUUGUAAUCUGUAAUUGGUUUUAAUAGUAAUGCAAUUGCAAAUUAUAAUGU